AUGAAAAAAGGAAUGAAGAAAUCAAAUAAUUGUCAUUUUUUUUUUUUAACAUAUGUUUUGGUUUGUAUUGUAGGAGUGCUAUAUGUGAUAUUACAAAAUUUAUAUUCAAUUAAAAACGUUGUCGAAUCAACAGGAUAUAUAGAGGAAAUUAAAUUAAGAUAUUUAAGUGAAACGGAAUUAAAUAAGAGGUCAGAUAAUUCUUUAAAAAAAAAGUUAAAACAAGUGAAUGGGGAAAUUGAAAAAAAUGAUAUAUGUGAAAAAAAUAAAGAAAUUGAUAUAAAGAAAAAUAGUGAAGAUGCAUAUGAUGGUGCUGAAAAGAUAUGUAGAGAUAAAGAAUAUAAGGAAAAAUGUUACAUUAAGUAUGAAACACCAAAAUUUUUACUGGAUAGAAAUAUUAAUUGUCCUUAUAGAUUUGGAAAGAUUUUUGCUGGAACAUAUGGAAUAACAAAUUAUGAACUUAUUGGAAAUAAAGACAACCCAUUAGUAAUUUUUUUUCAUGGGCUUGGUGGAGAUAAAGAUAGUUUUUCCAAAAUGGAUGAAUAUCUCCUUGAAAAUAAUUAUCAAAUACUUAAGUAUGAUUUAUAUGGACAUGGGUUAUCUGAAUGUCCAAAAUAUAGUAGUGAUGAUGUAUAUAAUUUAAAUUUUUUUUUGACUCAAAUAGAAGAAUUAGUAUGUUAUUUAAAUUUGCAAAAUAAGGAAUUUUAUUUGAUUGGUGGUUCAAUGGGUUGUUUAAUAGCUGCUGCAUUUGCACAGAAAUAUAUUAAUCAAGUUAAAAAAAUUGUUUUUUUAUCACCUGUGGGUAUGUUAGGAAGGAAACCUUUAUCAUUAAAAAUAAGAAAUGGAUUAUUAAGUAUAAUUAAUUCUUGUUCAUGUAUUAUGUCACCAUUUUGUUUUCCCAAAUGUUGUAUGAAACAUUGUAUUCCACGAAAUGAUUUUGAAGUAGUUUAUGAUAAAUUAAUGUGGAAUGCUUUUGCCAAAAAGAAUUUAACCGAUUGUAUAUAUGGUUGUUUAAAUAAUAUGCCAAUGUGGAGUUCCCAUGACAUUUUUAUAGAAAUAGGGAAAAAAAAUAUACCUACUUUAAUAUUUUGUGGAGAAAAAGAUGAUCUUUAUGAUGACGAUGUUUAUAAAAAUUUAAAUACCUAUUUUACUAAUUCUCAUAUUAUUGUUUUCAAAGGAGAAAAUCAUUAUAUAAUACCUUCAAGAACUUCAGAUAUUAUUCUAUGUAUUGCAAUCUUUACCACUUUUCCAAAUGAUGUGAAUUUAAAAUCAGAUGAUAUUUAUUUCCCUGUUGAUAAAAAUGGAUGUACCACAUAA